AAAGAGAGGAGGGGGGGGGACAAAAAAUACGUAAAAAUAAAAUAAAAGAUAAGGGAUGUGAAAGCAUAAGAUUUUCAUAUUGUCGGAAUAUUUUAUACGGCAUAAGAAUGUCUGAAUCAUCGAUGAAAGGACACAACGAUAUUGGACGUUGUAUUAAGUCGAGGGUGGUUCAGUAAGCACGACACCUACGUUUCCAAGAAGACGACGCCUACGUACCGCGCAAACACGUCGAGAACGCAUUGUAACUGACAGUUUUUAUGCAAAUCAAUAAUUCGAGUACGACGCAGCGAUAAAGUUUGCCUUUACUUUAAUAGAAAUAUUUAAUAUCUCUGUUUUCGAACAACGGUAACAACGACGUUGACGGUACGCAACACUUGGCACUCGAUAACGAGUUUUCUUCGCGAUAGAAAUCUUCACAGGAUUAUUGAGUGUAAAAAAAAAGAAUCAAAAGGGUGUUUUCGAUUAUUAAAUGGCUGAUUAUUAAACCACCUUUUCCGUGACAAUAAUCGGUGCUGCGAUUGCAUGUUUUAAGACAUUUGAGAAAGACAUUGGCGACGUCGAAUUUGCUGGUGCAUAAUGUGCAACGUUUCUGAGAAAGGGUCGAAGACAAUGAGGCGAAUUCAGUUACAAAGUAAUUCGCGGCGCAAAAGACGGCCUUUGCGCAUAGGUCUCUUCAUCGUAUAUGUGUUAGUUCAGUACAUCACUUGUGCAAAAAUACCUGAAGAGCUAACUUCCACUUAUCCCAGUUCUACGGAUCACGAAGAAAAUUGGACCGUGGAAUCUACCUUGGAGUCGUUUACAACCACGGUUGAGAUUGAGGCAACGAAUAAGGAGUCGUUAUCGGUGGAAAGCGUAGCGAAGGAAAUAGAAAAUGAAAAAAAUGAAGGGACGAACAAGGAGGAGGAAGGGGGCGAGAAGCAACGAGAACAGGAGAAAGGCAACGAAGAAAAGAUAAAGGAAGAAGAAAAAUCGAAGGAAGAGCAUGAAAAGUCAAAGGAGGAAUUAGCAGGAAAGGCGGUAGCCCCUAAGAAAGAAGUCACAACGAUUUCAUCUAAGAAUGUUCCUAGAACCACAACGGUUCCGUCAACGACCACUGUAAAAUACGAACGAGCAACAUGGAGACCGAGAAGAGAAAACUGUUCACCACCAGCGAUCGAACAAUUUCCACGGCCUUUAAUGGGUCCGGAAGCUAGGAAACACGGUGGAUUAAUCAUUCAUAUCUUAGCCGCAAUCUACACUUUUCUAGGCCUUGCCAUCGUUUGCGACGAUUACUUUGUCUCCAGUUUGGACCGAAUUUGCGAAGAACUACGAUUGUCUCCGGAUGUUGCUGGAGCAACUUUCAUGGCUGCGGGUUCCUCAGCCCCGGAAUUGGCAACUGUGGUAAUCGGUGUUUUCUUUGCCAAAGAUGAUAUUGGAAUAAGCGGUGUGAUUGGAAGCGCAGUAUUCAAUAUAAUGUUCGUAAUAUCGGUUUGCGGGCUUUGCACAACAACAGUGUCAAAAUUGAAUUGGUGGCCCCUUUGCCGGGAUUGUUUCUUUUACGCGGUAUCGAUAUUGGUAAUGCUCGGUACAAUUUACAACGAAUCAAUAUCAUGGAUGGAAUCCUUGUUCAUGUUGAUUAUGUACGGUGUGUAUUGUAUAGCGUUAUCUUUCAACACUAGAUUGGAACGAUGGGCGAAAUCUUACAAUAUACCUUUUCUACCAAAAGACGAUGAACCCGCGGAAGAAAGCGCUCUCGUUAGUUACAGAUCGUUGCAAGAGGAUCGAUUGUCAUACACAGGGCCUUGUUCUCCUACGGAUCAAUAUAAAACUCAUGAAGCGGCAACAGGAGGACCAACCGCACCUGAAACGAACGAAGCAGCACCUCCGAAACAACCAGAGUAUUACAAAGCGAAGGAACCAGAUCCAAACGAAAUAUCGCCUUUGGAGAAGCCUACAGAUGGCAGCAAAUGGACACUUUUCACUUGGGGCCUUGUUUACCCGAUUCAUUUCAUGUGCCGUGCAACGAUGCCAGAUUGCCGCCAAGAAAAAUUUCGCAAUUGGUAUCCCUUUACCUUCUGCGUAUCGAUGGUUUGGAUCAGUUUCUAUAGUUACAUCAUGGUGUGGAUGAUCACGAUUAUAGGCAGUACUCUCGGUAUACCCGACACGAUGAUGGGUUUGACGUUUGUCGCUGCUGGCGUCAGCGUGCCUGAUGCUCUUUCAUCGUUAGCGGUGAUUAAAGAAGGGCUUGGUGACAUGGCGGUGAGCAACGCGGUUGGAAGUAAUGUCUUCGAUAUUCUAGUUUGUCUCGGGCUUCCUUGGUUUAUACAAACUGCGAUGAUACAGCCAGGCUCGCACGUGAACGUCACUAGCCGAGGUCUGACAUAUUCGACAGUAUCUUUACUGUCAACAGUGAUAUUCUUAGUAUUAGCGACCCAUUUGAAUGGCUGGAAGUUAGAUCGACGAUACGGAGUGAUACUGAUGAUUUGGUACUUGGUGUUUAUCACAUUUGCCUCACUCUACGAGUUAAAUAUCUUUGGUGAAAUGAAUCCUCCGUCAUGCUAUAGCACGUUUUAAAAAAGGAAAAAAACGUGAUUGAAUUACACGCAUAGAAGGAUGACGAGGAAAAUGAAGCAUGAGAAAUGAGAUUGAAGAGGAGGAUGAGAAAGAGUAGAAGAGGGGAUACGUGUACGUGUGUUUGUGAAUAUGUGUGCGUGUGUGUAUGUGUGUGUGCAUACAAGCAACCGACAGCAUGCUCGAUGAAAAUGUUCUCAUUGCAUUCGAUCUCAUUACAUUAUAUACAUGCCAUUACGGUUAAACCAUAAUGAAAGAUUUUUCGAAUACUUUUUUAUAAUUCUUACAUUUCUUUUCCUCUUGUUUCUUUCUUCUUAUUAUAUUAUAUUUCUUCUUCUUUUUUUUAUUCCUUUUUUUUUCUUUUGCCUUCUGUUUCCAAUCUUGUUUCUACUUUUUCGCUUUUUAUUCUACUUUAAUUUCUAUCUAUAAAUCAGAAUUGCAAGAAGUAAGAAAGGAAUGGGAAAAAAAAAAAUUACAAGAUUAAAAAUUUGCAGCAAGAUCGAAGCGUUUCUUAAAUACGUUUGUCUCGGGAUCUAUUUAUAAACAUGUAUAAGUAAGUACUUGUAUGAUUCGUUUUUUUACUUUCUUUAAAUCGAUUUAUUCAAAUUUGAGCGAUAUAUCUUCCACAGUUUCCACAGAAAUAACAUAAAUUUCACUUUUCAAUCUUCGCGAACGAACAAGUUUCUCAGUAUUCCAUUGAAUAUUUCUCUUCCACUCGUUGUUUUGCAAAAUGUUAAUCGAGCCUUCUUUUAAAAAAAGAGAAUAAAACGGAAAAAUAGAAAAAAAAAAAAAUAACAAACGCAAAAAAUCAUAGAAGGCUUACUCGUAAAAUAACGUUAGCAUAAUUUGUAUGCUUGAAAACGAUUAAACGGACAAUACAUUUACAGUAUUAAAACGUUAAUAACGUUAAUAAAUAUUAGGCCAUUUAGAAUACUUACAAUAGAAAGAUAGAAGUGUUUCGAUUGAUCGAAUUAACUUUUCGAAUCGUCGAUGAACAAAAUAUUGCAGACUGAAGACUCGAGACAAUCGUUUUUGUUACUUACAUAAAUCUUUUAUUUCGAUUUUACGGGACGCGUUAUCCCCUUUCAAAGCUGUUUUAUUAUUCGACUCUUCCCUAUUCUAGUUUUACGAUAAAAUUACUUUUCCAAUUGAAAGCGAUUCUUUGCUUCCCUUUAUAUCUAUAUAUAUUAUAUAUACACUUAUAUAUAUAUGAUUAUUCAUUAUACGCAUUUUAAAUAUUUUUCGCAACUUGACAUCGAGUCGAUUUCCUUGCAUCAUUCGUCCGUCCGUGCGAUUAUUAAUUCGUUCAUUCGUGUUUUCAUUUCCUUUCCUCGUUAAUUUUUUGCAUAUUAAUACAUGUAGCAGUGUACACUAGCAUACAAAUAAUUAUAUUAUCGUUUUAAAAAUAAUUGUUCUCUUAUUGUAAUCCGCAUUGUUUUUUGAUCACGCACAUAUAUGCGAUGUACACACACGUAUUUUCAUAUAGAUACGUGUGUGCGUAUGUUGAUUUGAUGAACGAAUUCUUUUCAAUUAUUACGAGAAAGGAUCAGCUCCAUCUAUUCGCGCGGAAAAAACUUGACUUUCCUAAAAACAGUUUUUUGACAGAUUUUUCUAAUUAACGCAUUAAUUAUAAAAAAUUAGUAUAUUAGAUAAAACGAUUAAAUCCAAUGAUAAUAAUUCGUGUUCGUUCGAACCAACAAAA